AUGUCGUACCGGCCACACCCUCUCAGACAGUCACAUACUCUGGACUACCCCAGCAACAUCAAUCGGCAGUCCUCCACAACCUCCUCCGUUGCCUCGUCAGGGUACUCUCUAUACUCCGAUAACAGCCGAGCCAGCACCCAGAUUUCGUCGGUUUCCAGCGGAUACACUCAUAAGAGAGGCAAGAGUGAUGGUUCCCGUCUUCACCACGUCUCGUUCGGAGGAGAGAAUCUUGACCACAAGAAGGACGAGAACCUCUAUUCUAUGGCCCGACAAUCACUUCGCCCGCUUGCUCAAGCUCCCGCCCCGACAUCAUCCACACCUUCGUCCCCGACACCCUCGACACCUUCUCCUCCUCGUCACAGACCUCGCCACGAGCGCACACAAACCGUCGACAUUGGCAAGCUAUCACAUACCCAAUAUGACGGUAGCACAUCUCCCACACCGCUGUCCCGAACGCUCACAAUUCGGCCAAACUCGAUGUUACUCAGCCGUUCCGAUACUAUUCGAGCAGGAAGUGCCGCUCUUCCUCACGCCCAUGAACCCCCGGCACCCGUCCACUCGGCAGCACUAGCCAGACCGGAUCUCGAAAAGCUUGGCCGUUCAUCAACAAGCCAGCUCCGUACUCUGUCGAAGCUCGCUCAGUCCGAAUCCGCUGAGGAUUUCACCAUUACUUCGCCAGCACAGGAGGUGGUAGGACUCAGGGGCCGCCGCAGACUACAGAGAGCUGAACAGCCGAAUAACAAUCGCCAACGAGCCGGUGGCUAUGGCUGGGAAGGCAGAAAUUGGAUGGACAAACAACGCCAGUUUCUCCAGGCCUACGAGUAUCUCUGCCAUAUUGGUGAAGCAAAGGAGUGGAUUGAAGAUGUUAUUCACAGGGCAAUUCCUCCUAUUGUUGAGCUUGAAGAAGCUCUCCGAGAUGGAGUCACACUCGCAGAGGUUGUCGAAGCUCUCAACCCUGAACGUCGGUUCCGUAUCUUUAGGCACCAAAAGCUGCAAUUCCGACAUUCCGACAACAUUGCCAUUUUCUUUCGAUACCUCGAUGAAGUCGAGCUUCCUGACCUCUUCAGAUUCGAGUUGAUCGACUUGUACGAGAAGAAAAACAUCCCUAAAGUCAUCUACUGUAUCCACGCUCUGAGUUGGCUCCUAUUCAGAAAAGGAAUCGUCGACUUCCGCAUCGGCAACCUCGUUGGUCAGCUCGAGUUUGAGCACCACGAGCUUGAGGCCAUGCAGAAAGGCCUUGAUAAACUCGGGGUUAACAUGCCCACUUUCGGUAAUAUGGGAGCUGAUUUUGGUGUGGAGCCUGCGACCCCGGAGCCAGAGGAGACUGAAGACGAAAGGAUCGACCGCGAGUUGGCAGAGAACGAGGAGUCCAUUGUGGAGCUCCAAGCUCAAGUUCGCGGCGCGGUUGUGAGGAUGCGCCUGGGAGACACUAUGCAGCAGCUCUGGGACGCCGAACACAUGCUCAUCGAUCUUCAGUCUCGCAUCAGGGCUGAUUGGUCACGUCAAAUCGUCGGCUACCGGCUUCAGAUGAGACGUUUUGCCGUCGAUCUCCAAAGCACUGCCCGCGGAUUCCUCGUUCGAAACCGGAUGGCCAACAAAGAACGUUUCUGGAAAGGUUUGGAGCCCGACAUCCUGGAGCUUCAAAGUCUUAUUCGGGCCAAGAAGGUCCGCGACGAGGUACGAGACCAGAGAUCUCAGUUGGUUCAGCAUGCCGGCCCCGUUCGAGAAAUCCAAGCAGCGUUUAGGGGCUUCUUGGUCCGCAAGGAGCUCGUUACUCAGCAGCAAGAGACUGUUCAGACUUCUGGAGAGGUUCGAGACCUCCAGGCGGCAGUUCGCGGAAUGCUGUUGAGAGGACGCGUUUCUGAUGACCUCCACCUCCUGGACAGACAAGUCGACAGCAUUACUAGCCUGCAGGCUGCUGCUCGGGCUUUGCUGACUAGAAGCCAGAUAUCGCUGGAGCAAGAGCAUCUCCAAGCCUUUGCACCGCAGUGGACUGCGCUCCAAGCUGCGUUCAGGGGCAAGUCAGUUCGCUCAGACGUCGCAGCCACCAAGGCUGAAGUGGGUCAACACGCCUCGGAAAUCGAGAACCUUCAAGCCCACAUCCGUGCCGGGGCCGUACGGCGUGAUGUCGCGCAAUUGCUCGAUGAGCUGAGCAGCCACGAACCUGCUAUCAUCGAUCUGCAAUCCAUCUCCCGCGGGACGCUUGAGCGACGCCGUAUUGCCGCCGACCAGGACGCUCUCAUCCGUGUCGAGCCCAAGAUUACCAAGUUACAGGCUCGCAUCAGAGGCCAACUGCACCGCCAGCAGCAUCAUGCACUCCUGGAGGAACUUGAGUCCCACACCGCCGAAGUUGAGAAGCUGCAGGGUCUGGCCCGCGCCAUGAUGGUGAGAGGCAACGUCUUUGACCUCAUCUCUAACAUCGAGGCCGAGGAUGCAGCCAUCACCGAGAUCCAGGCCGCUGCCAAGGCUUUCACCGUUCGCGCCAAGUUCCAGGAGAAGAAGCGCUUCUUUAAGGAGAACAUGGAAAAGGUCGUCAAGAUCCAAAGUCUUGUCAGAGCCAAGAUUCAAGGUGAUGCGUACAAGAGUCUUACCCAUGGCAAGGACCCACCAGUCAACGCUGUCAAGAACUUCGUGCAUCUGCUCAACGACAGUGACUUUGAUUUCAACGAGGAGAUCGAGUUUGAGAGGAUGCGCAAGACCGUGGUUCAGCAAGUCCGUCAGAACGAGAUGCUCGAACAGUACAUCGAUCAACUCGACAUCAAGAUCGCACUGCUCGUGAAGAACAAGAUCACACUGGACGAAGUUGUGAGACACCAGAGCAACUACGGCGGCAGCUCAAUCGGCCUCUUGGCCAAUGCUUCAAUGUCUUCCACCAACCACUUCGACUUGAAGGCCCUAAACAAGAGCUCCCGCAAGAAGCUGGAAUCCUACCAGCAGCUCUUCUUCAACCUCCAGACUCAGCCGCAAUAUCUUGCGCGACUGUUCAAGCGCAUCCGUGAGCAAGGAACACCCGAGAAGGAAUGCAAGAGAAUCGAGCAUCUCAUCAUGGGUCUCUUUGGUUAUGCCCAGAAGCGGCGUGAGGAGUACUAUCUCCUCAAGCUUCUCGCCAGAGCCAUGAGAGAGGAGGUGGAGAGCAGCAGAACGUUGCAGGACUACCUUCGCGGCAAUUACUUCUGGACCAAGGUUCUUGGCAACUACACCCGAUCUCCUCGCGAUCGCAAGUUCUUGCGUGAACUUCUCGGCCCCAUUGUCCGCGAUAACAUUGUUGAGGACCCAGCCCUCGACCUUGAGAGCGACCCAUUGCAGAUUUACAGAGCUGCUAUCAACAAUGAGGAGCUGCGGACCGGCCGUCCAAGCCGGCGUCCGCUGGACGUUCCGCGUGAGGUUGCUAUCAAAGACCCUGAAACCAGAGACCUCUUCAUCGACCAUCUGCGCGACCUUCGGGAGAUUUGCGAUCAGUACCUGUUGGCUUUGGAAGACCUUCUGCCCAAGAUGCCAUACGGCCUUCGUUUCCUUUGCCGACAGAUGUACGAGAAUCUCUGCCAGCAAUUCAAGAAGGAUCCGCAACACCACCACCUCCAAGUUGUCACCAACUGGAUCUGGCGUUUCUACCUGCAGCCUGCGGUUACCUCACCAGAGAAUGUGGGUGUCAUUGAGAAGCAAUUAAGCCCCCUCCAGAAGCGCAAUCUGGGUGAGGUUGCAAAGGUCCUCGGUCAGAUCGCGUCUAGCAGACCUUUCGGCGGCGAGAACAUCUAUCUGCAACCCCUCAACGCAUUUGUUCAGGAGUCGUGCGAGCGUCUGGCGGAGAUUACCCACGAGCUCAUCUCUGUUCCCGAUGCCGAACGCAACUUUGACAUUGACGAGUUCAACGACCUGUAUUCGAAGCACAAGCCCACCCUUUACAUCAAGAUGCCAGACAUCUUCGCCAUCCACAACCUUGUCGCUAGCGAGCUGCCGUCAAUAUGCCCAAACAGAGACGACAUCGUUCGUGAAAUCUUGCAGGAUCUCGGUAGUGCUAAGAACAACGAGAACGAGAUGCUUGCGGCGGGAUCAUCAGAUAUUCAAAUGUACCUGACACCGAAGCUGCACGACGUCGAAGAUCCAGAUGCAGAGGUUAAGGCACUCUUCAUGGAGACGAAGCGAUGCAUCUUGUACAUCAUCCGUGUACAGACGGGCGCCAACCUCUUGGAGAUUCUCGUCAAGCCGAUCUCGGAUGAAGACGAGCACAAGUGGCUGUCAGUCCUGCGCGACGACUUUGCAAACGAAGACAGCACGAAGGGCGCGUACUCGGACGCCCACAUGGUGGACGUGACACGCAUGUCCUACUACGACCUCAAGCGGACUGCGUUGGAGAACAUCAUGAGACUGGAGCACAUGGGUAGAAUUUCCAAGCACAACUACUACCAGGACAUCCUCAACGCCAUCGCCCUCGAUAUCAGGACCAAGAGCCGAAGACGUGUGCAACGCCAGCGCGAGCUCGAAGGCGUCAGGUUGACCCUUUCCAACCUUCACGAGAAGGCCAAGUACCUCGAGCAGCAACGCAAGAGCUACGACGACUACAUUGAAUCUGCCAUGAUAACGCUGCAAAAGAACAAAGGAAAGAAACGGUUCCUGCUUCCGUUCACCAAGCAAUACAACCAUCAGCGCGAGCUGGAACGCAGCGGGCGGGUCCCCAAGUUUGGCAGUUACAAAUAUAGCGCUCGGGCUCUCGCGGAGAAAGGCGUGCUCGUCGGAUGGAGUGGCGUCACCGACUGGGAGAGAGUCAACCUCACCAUUUCUUGUGAUGAGGUUGGCGUGUUCAACCUCGAGGGCUCUCGUGGCCACAUCCAGAUGCCGGGAGCCAGCGCCUCCGUACCGAUUGAGGGUCUUCUGCAGGCUCAGUUCGAGGCUCACCAGUUCAUGAACCUCUUCGAGGGCAACCUCAAGCUGAACGUCAACUUGUUGUUGCAUCUUCUGUACAAGAAAUUCUACCGCACGCAAUAA